AUGGCGUCGGUGGCGGCCUGGCUGCCGUUCGCCCGCGCGGCCGCCAUCGGCUGGGUGCCCAUCGCCAACAACCCGCUGCCGGCGCCGCCGGUGACGCGCGAGCGGCGGCGGCGCGAGGACGAGAAGUUCACCAUCAACGUGAGCGGGCGCCGAUUCGAGACGUGGCGCAACACGGUGGAGAAGUUUCCCGACACGCUGCUCGGCUCCAACGAGCGCGAGUUCUUCUUCGACGAGGAGGCGCGCGAGUACUUCUUCGACCGGGACCCGGACAUAUUCCGGCACAUACUCAACUACUACCGCACCGGGAAGCUGCACUACCCGAAGCACGAGUGCCUGAUGGCCUACGACGAGGAGCUGGCCUUCUUCGGCAUCGUGCCGGACGUGAUCGGCGACUGCUGCUACGAGGACUACAGGGACAGAAAGCGAGAGAACGCGGAGCGGAUGCUGGACGACAAGCUCUCCGAAGGGAACGAGAACGCGCAACUGGCGCACUCCACCAUCAGGCAGCGCAUGUGGCGUGCCUUCGAGAACCCGCACACGGGCACGGCGGCCCUGGUGUUCUACUACGUCACGGGCUUCUUUAUCGCUGUCUCGGUAAUGGCGAACGUUGUGGAGACCAUUCCCUGCGUCCACGAUUCUCGAGCCGGCGAGAGUCGCUCGUGCGGCGAGAGCUACAAGGUGGCCUUCUUCUGCCUGGACACGGCAUGCGUGAUGAUCUUCACCGCCGAGUACCUGCUGCGGCUGUACGCAGCCCCGAACCGUUGCAAAUUCAUGCGCUCCGUUAUGAGCAUCAUCGACGUGGUGGCUAUCAUGCCAUACUACAUCGGUCUCGGUAUCAAGGACAACGACGACGUGUCCGGCGCGUUCGUCACCCUGCGGGUGUUCCGCGUGUUUCGCAUCUUCAAGUUCUCGCGACACUCGCAGGGCCUGCGCAUCUUGGGCUACACGCUCAAGAGCUGCGCCUCUGAGCUGGGCUUCCUCGUCUUCUCGCUCGCCAUGGCCAUCAUCAUCUUCGCGACGGUCAUGUUCUACGCCGAGAAGAACGUCAAGAGUACCACCUUCACCAGUAUACCGGCCGCCUUCUGGUACACCAUCGUCACCAUGACCACCCUAGGGUAA